CUGCGGUGGGAUCGGGUUGGCGAAUCUUAUUCGAUAUGUCCAAAGUCCUCAGGUUGCAGUUGCUACGCUGCCCUUCAUGGUGAUGUAUGCGGAGGAGGUGACGAGAAAGGGGGUUGAAGGUGGGGUGGGUAUUGAUGACUUGGCACCUUGGGUUGACGUCGGUGGGUAUAAAGAGCAAGACGGCUGGCAUCAUUGGGGUUUGAAGAGUUCGUCUGGAAAACAUCAACACACAAACCUCCACUCAGUCACUGCAGCUUACCAUCUCGACACACACACAACAUAAACACCCAAAAUUUAGCAUAUCAACGCAUAUUACCCACACGAACCAUCCAUCCACACUUCAUACAACCAAGAUGUCCGACUCCCCCAAGGUCCUCGUCGUCCUCACCUCCCACGACAAGCUGGGCGACACCGGCAAGCCCACAGGCUGGUAUCUCUCCGAACUAGCCCACCCCUACGACAUCCUCACCGCCCAAGGCUUCAGCAUCACCCUGGCCUCGCCCGCCGGCGGGCCGGCGCCGCUGGACCCCUCGUCGGUGGAGGCGGCCUCCGACGACGCCGUGUCGCAGGGCUUCCUGACGGAGCGCAACGCGCUGUGGGAGGCGACCGAGCCGCUGGUGUCCUUCCUCGGGCGCGCCGACGAGUUUGCCGCGCUCUUCUUCCCCGGCGGCCACGGGCCCAUGUUCGACCUGGCUGUGGAUCCGACGUCGCAGGCGCUGGUGCAGGAGUUUGCGGCCAAGGGGAAGGUGGUCGCGGCUGUGUGCCAUGGGCCGGCGGCGCUGGUGGGGGUGGAGGGGCUUUUGGAGGGGAAGGCCGUGACGGGGUUUACGAAUGCCGAGGAGGAGGCCGUGGGGUUGGAUGCGGCGAUGCCGUUUGCGUUGGAGGAUCGGUUGGUUGAGGUGGUGGGGAAGGGGGGUCGGUUUGAGAAAGCCGCUGAGAAGUGGGGGGAGAAGGUGGUUGUGGAUGGGAAGCUGAUUACGGGGCAGAACCCGGCGAGCGCGAAGGGCGUGGGCGAGGCGAUUGUGCGGGCUGUUUUGGGGCGUGAGUAAGGAGGGCCGCGUCCAGGUUGGGGGGGGGGGUUGUAAGGAAGUUUCGUUCUUCUCUCGUUACUACCUAAGUACCAGGUGUUUUCUUGUCUGGCCCGAGAGAAGUGUCAACUGCUUUUCAAGGCAAAACUAAGAGAAAAAAAGGGUUAAAGGGGA